CUUGAUCGAUCAUAAUUGUUGGCAAUGCUAUUUAUUUUGAUUGGUCAAUCAAUCCCUAUUUUAUUUUAUGAGUUAGAUUUUUGAACGCAACUCUGUACGUAAGGAAAAUUAAGAUGUCUUAAUAUUACAUGAUAAUCAUAUUACCAGUAGCGGAAUUUGAAAAAUGCCGAUUUCUGCACUAGAUGUAAAAACAGCAAAGCUAAUUACCACGACGCAGAUAAUAACCUCUGUAUAUGCUGUGGUCAAAGAAUUGAUGGAAAAUGCAUUUGAUGCCAAUGCUGACAAUGUUGAAAUCAAUCUUAUAGAUAAUGGUACAUCUUUAAUAGAAGUGAAGGAUAAUGGUCAUGGCAUAUCUAAACUAGAUGCGCCAUAUAUAGGAUUAUCUUCUUACACAUCUAAAAUAUCAAAUUUUGAAGAUUUAGAUACAUUACAAACAUUUGGAUUUAGAGGAGAAGCACUGAAUGCAUUAUGCGCAGUAGCAGAAGUUAUCGUUGUAACGAAAACAGAAGAAGAUGUUGUUGGGACCUCGUAUAUAAUGAAUCAUACUGGACAAAUUGUAAAACAUGAAUCUUGUCACAGAAGUACUGGAACUACUGUACAAGUGAAAAAUUUAUUUAAACAAAUGCCUGUAAGGAGACAAAUAAUCACCAAUACAAAGAAAGCUAAUCAAGUUAUUAAAUUAUUGGAGACACUAAUACAUUGCUUUGGAAUAUGUAAACCAAAUAUACGAAUUCAAUUUAGGGUAAACAACAAUCUUGUAUUUACAAAACCAAGUCUUAAUAACAUUAAAGAAGCUGCAAAUCUUAUACUUGGUAGAAAAAUUAUGUCCAAUAUGGAAUGGGUUGAGCCUAAGGAUACAGAAUUUGUUCUGCAAUUAAUGUUACCUUCAAAAAAGAUACAAGAUAUAUCGAAAGUUUCUCAUCCUGAUUUACACUAUAUUUUUGUAAAUAACAGACCUAUUAAGCAUAAAACUCUUGAAAAGCUAAUAAACAAUGUAAUAUUAGAAUAUUUUAAACAAGAGUCAUAUAGAAAAAAAAUGAUAUUUCUUAUAUACAUUAUUUUGAAACCAAUGGAUAUUGAUGUUAAUCUGGAACCAAAUAAAGAUACAGUCCUUUUUAAAGAUCAGAAUAAAGUUUUUGAUACUGUAGAUAAGUAUAUAAAAAAAUAUUAUGGACUAAAAUCUGUGGAGAUUGUUGAACAAAACGUAUCUAAUGACACAUCCACCUGUUAUGAAGAUUAUACACUUGAUACAAGUCAAGAUAUUAUCGAUAGUGAAUGGCCUAUAUGUAAAAAACGAAAAAUAGAUAUUCAAGAAGAUAUUAUCAAAGAAAAGCCAAUGCUGCAUAAUAAUGGAUAUGAAAAAUCUUUGCAUAAACAAAAUAUCGAUUUGAUUCAAGAUGAACAGCAAUACAGAGAUGCAUUAGCUCAUAUACAAUCGCCGAAUUUAAGCGAUUCUGAUUCUAAUGAUGUCUUUCCUAUUGUAACUUUACCUGAUAAAAUGACAAAAGAACAUGAAACUUUGAGUCAGUUACCUGUCAUAGAUCUUGGUGAAGAUUUUGACUUUUUAAAAGAAAUUGGAAGUAAUACAUCUACAAAUGAAAAUGAAAAUAAAUUAAAUGAAAAUGAAGAGAACAAGCAAGUUUCAUUAGAAACAUGGAGUAAAGGUCAUAUCGUUGGUCUUAAGGGAGGUAUAGAUAUACAAUCUGAUAUUGUUGUUGAAAGACAAUUCAAUGAUAACUUAGACAACCAGAUUAAUGAGAUGGAGAAUUGUAAAUUAGAUAAAAUGGAAUCAGAUAGAAUGGAAUUAGAUAAAACACAUGUUGAUAAUAAAAAUCUUAAAUUUAUAAAACAUGUUAGAUCGCAAAUUGCAAAAGAAAAUCCUACCUUAACUGCAGCCCAAACAGCAAAAAAAAUUACCGAAUUCUGGAAACAACUAUCAUCCCAUGAGCGUGGUUAUUAUCGAGAUAUUGCACAUAAAGAAGAAACAGAACGACAGGCUAAAAAAACUGAAGAAAGAGAUGAAGUGAAUAAAAUGAGCACAGAGGGAAAUAAAAGUAGGCUGUUACAGCUAUUUGAAAAAAUGAAGAAUACAAAAAACGAAAAGAAAGAAAAAUUAAACAUGAGGACGAUAGUACCUUGGACUAUUGAUAGAAAUAAAAUAAUUACAAGAUUAAGUUUUGAAAGUGAACAUAUAAUAGGUUGCUUGGCACCUAAUUUAUGGAUUGCUACAAUUUGUGAACAAAUAUGGAUCAUAGAUAUUAUUGGCUUGAUCAAAGGUUUGAAAGUUCCUAAUAUUGAUGCAGAUAAGAUUGAUGCCAAGAGGAUUGAAUGUCUUCUUAAACAGUGGUUAUCAGAACGAGAUGAUAUGUCAGUGAUGCAUUCUAUAUACGAAUUCACAAGAAAAAUGUAAAUAUGAUAUAAAAUAUGUUCUUUUUUUAAGAGUGUAAAUAUAUUCAACAUUUUUAUAAGAUGUUUUGUUGACAUAUUUUAUGAACAUAUGUUUACUAUGUAAACUUUGAAUUAAAGUUGAAUUGACAAAAAUAUAACUACUAUAUAAUAUUCAACUAUAAUAAAAUAAUUUUAUUAUUAUUACAAACAAAAUGUACAAAUAAUAAAUGAAAAUUGUAAUUCUCAAAAAUAAACACAUCUGUAAGCCGAAAUUAA